AAGAUGGAAAAGGGUCGGCCCCUUCCUCACAACCUCUAGGCGCAACGCCUCGAUGAGCUUCCCCUAACCCAUAUGGCAGACGUACGCAGCUGACCAGGUCUUAGCCUCACUUCGGCGGGAUCACUCCCUUCUCCAUGCGAUUGAGAAGCUCAUGGAUUCGGGUCAGGUCGCUAUAAAACCCCGUCUUUCCCCUGAGUCCUUGUGAGUUCCAAGUGGGUUACUUUCGCACUUUGCAAGAAUGUUCGCAUACCUUCUCCUCGUCCUCUACCUUUGCGUUGCGGCUAUCGCCGACCCCAUCGCCUAUGUUCGCCGUCAAGAGUCCUCGGUCGGUGAGACUCCUGGCAACGGUAGUGCAACCGUAACCCCCGACAGCGGCAACUUGACUGUUCUCGCUCCAGCUUUCUCGACUCUCGCCGCUGAUCUCACCGCGUCAGCCGACCUCAGCAAUCUCAGCACAGUGAGUAUUCCAGAAUACUGCAUGACCCUCUCCAGCCUCGUUGACCUCGGGGCUGCUGAAAUUUCUGCAUGUUCGGCUACAGCGACCGCAACAGACGCUUGCGCCUCUGAUGAAACCGAAUUCGCCUAUCUUGCCGCCGCAUAUGGGGCAUGUGUCACCCCGGAUGCGUUCAACGACACCGCAGCGGCGACGAACUACUUGAGUGAGUUCUGGAGUGCCUUCUGUAGCGAGGUAGGUCUCCCGGUUACUGAAGGCACGCCGGCUGGUUUCAACUUUUCGUGUGUCUCCGCUACGGAUGUCACUGCUGCCACUGCUGCUACUGCUGCCACUGCUGCGCCCGCUGCUACGGAUGUAUCGGCUGCUACGGAUGCGCCCGUUGUCGAACCCAGCCCUACGGCUUAAUCCUCCUGUCAAGCUCGAAACGGGCAGGUCCUCGGGGUUGCUGGCUGUGAAGGGAUGGGAACGCGUGAUGCUCGUGUGUCGUCGGCAAUGGUUGUAACUUCUUAAUCUCUGUUCGUACAUAUCUUUAAGUGUUUUUCGAUCAAUUCAAUGCUGCUUCAGUUUCUGCAGAUGAUUUUGAGUAUAUUUUCCCACGCGGCUUUGACGGCUUACAGAACUGUAGUAACAUGUACAGGCUACGAGGCUAUCGAUUUAGUCAUCGAAGGCAAUGAAGUCUUUUGCCUCAUUCCUUCUCGCAGGUGCGUCCCCCAACAUCUUGUCGAGAUUUCUAAUAAAAGCAUCAAGGGAACUGACCGGUACAUGCGUCGCGCCAUGCGUCUUCAUCGGAUUUGAACCCGCAGCGGUGAUUUCCCGGAAGCUUAAUCGUUACCUCAUCUCUUCG